AUGUGGGCACUGACAGCCCUCCUGCUCCUGGUUCCAAGCAGUGGGCAAGCUGCCACUCUGGAGAAGCCCAUAUUGUCUCUACAUCCACCUUGGACUACAAUCUUCAAGGGGGAGCGGGUAACCUUGCGGUGUGAUGGCUACCACCCCCUGCUCCUGGAGCUCCGGCCCAUCAGCACUCUCUGGUACCUGGGUCACCUGCUCCUGCCCUCCCACAAGAAGAGCAUUGAGGUCCAGACACCAGGCGUGUAUCGAUGCCAAACACGGGGAGCACCUGUCAGUGACCCUAUCCAUCUCUCUGUAUCCAAUGACUGGCUCAUCCUGCAAGUGCCCUACACCCCGGUCUUCGAGGGCGAGCCGCUGGUGAUACGCUGCCGCGGCUGGUACGACAAGGUCAUCUACAAGCUUCACUACUACCACGAUGGCCAGGCCGUGCGCUACUUCCACUCCAGCACCAACUACACAGUGUUGCAGGCGCGCGCCAGCGACAGUGGCCGCUACCAGUGCUCCGGCACCAUGCGCAUCCCGGUGGAGAGCGCUCCCAUGUUCUCCGCCAAGGUGGCUGUGACCGUGCAAGAGCUGUUCCAGGCGCCGGUGCUGAGCAUGGCCAGCCCGCAGGAGGCGCGCGGCGCGGCCCGCGGCGCGGUGGUGCUGCGCUGCGAGACGCGCCUGCACCCGCAGAAGCGCGACACGCCGCUGCAGUUCGCCUUCUACAAGUACAGCCGCGCCGUGCGCCGCUUCGACUGGGCCGCCGAGUACACCGUCCCGGAGCCCGAGGUCGACGAGCUGGAGUCGUACUGGUGCGAGGUGGCCACCGCCUCCCGCAGCGUCCGCAAGCGUAGCCCCUGGCUGCAGCUCCCGGGGCGGGGUUCGCCCCUGGAUCUGGCGCCCAGCACCGCCCCGGCCCCGCAGGCCGCAGCCUUGGCUCCGGCUAACAAGCCGCUGUCCUUUAGAAAGCCCCCGGUGUCCAGGUCGGUCCCGUCGGCGUCCUCCGCGGCGAACACCACCUCGGCGGGGCUGCAGUUCCCGGCCGGCAGCGUCCCCACUGCAGCCGGGCCGCCUGCCUGCGCUCCGCCCACGCCCGUGGACCCGGCCGGGGCCCUGAGACCCGACGUGGACCUUCUGCUCCGAGAAAUGCGGCUGCUCAAGGGCCUUCUGAGCAGGGUGGUCCUGGAAUUCAAGGAACCACAGGCCCUCCCGGGGCUCAGGGGAACCCGCGAGACGCCCACUUCCGCCUUGGCCGUGAGCCCCGCAACCACAGAGACCACUCCUGUGGAGAUCUGAGGUGACGGCCACCGUCCCCUGCUCUGCCGCCUCGCACGCCGAGCCCUUUCAAAGCCCUCUCUUGUUGCGUCCCUUUCUUUUGCUGUGGUUUGUAAAGAAGGGCCCAUGAAGUGUGGCGGGCCAGUCCGACCUCACUUAGAGGUCUGUAACCACAAACCUCGGUCAUCUCUUCCUUCUCCUGGCGAGGUUCAGUAAGGAACUGGAAACCUAGGGUUGACUGGCGGUUUAGGACUUGCGGUCAAUUUAGUCACCGUUAGCUCUUCAUAUGACACCUAGCCAGUGGCUCCUUCGGCACAGGCCAACGCUUGCUAGGUAAGGCUGUUGAGAGAGCCGAAGGUCAAGCUGUAAUUCAUCAUGGGUUUAUUUACCAGCUGUUAAUAUUAAAAAGACUUUCAGUCCCGUUAGUGAUGAGUUCAUAGCCUCAAAGUCGGUUCUGUUUAGUUUUAGGGAGGGAAAGGUAUUUGUGUGGACUUCCCACUCCCGGGUCAGAGUUCCGGUGGACUCACCCAGAUGCACCCCCUGGAGUCUGGUGGGUUUUUGGUAGGUAGCAGGCAGGCUGUGCUAACCUAGCAAGAAAUCCAACCAGAGAUCACUUUGGGGAAAGUGAUUGAGACAAAUCAUCAACGUUUCUGAAUUCUCUUGCUUUGUAGUUUUUUGUUUUUUCCUUCCUUCAUGGUCAUUCCAACGCUACACACCUAGAUACACCCAUGCACACAAACCCCUGCCCCACCCUCAUGGCACCCUCUCUGGUACCUGAAAAAAAGUGAGAGGCCCUUUUGAUUGCGAUUUCAGACUGUGCUCCCCAAAAAUCUCCUUUUCAUGGACCCCCCCCAUCACCCUGGUGGAGCCAUUGGUUCUCAGCAGGGGUGGGGUGACUUGUCCUCAGAGGGUCUCAUCUUCCCUUCUUCACUGGGAGCAAAUAACAACUACACCCCUCCGCCCUUUAAUUCUGCCUGAUGGGAAUUCAGUCACAUCCCCAUUGUCUGAGUGAUUGAUUAACCAGAAAGACAGCAGUAGACUGCACCAUAUCCUUCUUAGUGUUAUUCUUCACCAUGUUGUUCUUACAAAGUCACUGACAUUAUACCGUGCACACAUACAAGGCAGUGUGAUAAGUGCGCUGUGAAACACUGGAGAAAUUCAGAGGAGGAAACUGAAUUGUUGAAGGAAGAGCAAGAAUUCCCCAAAUAGAGAUGGGAGAAAGAUUGUUAGCGCAAAUAAACCCAGGAUACAAAGGCAUGGAGACACGAAAGACUCUGAUGUGUUUUUAGAGCUACAAAUAACUGAGUUUUGGAGAAUUCUAUGUGUUUCUGUGUGUAUAUGUGUGUGUGGUGUUUUUUAGGAAACGGUGGUAAAGAUGAAUAUUAGAAAGUAGGGGGGCCGAUGCUGUGGCGCAGUAGGUUAAUCCUCCACCUGCAGUGCCAGCAUCCCAUAUGAGCGCCAGUUCUAGUUCCAGCUGUUCCUCUUCCAAUCCAGCUCUCUGCUAUGGCCUGGGAAAGCAGUGGAAGAUGGUCCAAGUCCUUGGGCCCCUGCACCCACAUGGGAGACCAGGAAGAAGCACCUGGCUCCUGGCUUUGGAUGGGUGCAGCUCCAGCCGUUGCAGACAUCUGGGAAGCGAACCAAUGGACAGAAGACUUUUCUCUCUGUCUCUCCCUCUAACUGUC